UCAAAUCCUUUCCUUAACCUUCACGCCUCAAUUACACCACACUCUCUCUCUUCAAAUUUCAAUGCAUAUUUAAAAGCCUUCACCCUUCUAACCAAUCUCUCAACAUUUACUUUCACCCUUUUCACACUCCUUCCUACCCUUUUAAAUUCUCAUCAUAAAAAUCACUUUUUGAACAUAAAAAUUCCAACUUUUUCAUCAUAAACUAAAACUAAACUCAAAGUUACAAUCUUUCAUCAUCAUGGAUUCUAUGAAAGAAGAAGCAAAAUGUGUAUGGAUACAUGGACCUAUCAUAGUAGGUGCUGGUCCAUCAGGUAUAGCAGUAGCAGCUUGUUUAUCAAAACAAGGUAUUCCAAACGUGAUUCUAGAGAGAAGUGAUUGUAUAGCUUCACUCUGGCAAAACAGAACUUAUGACCGUCUUAAACUUCACCUCCCAAAACACUUUUGUGAACUUCCUUUCAUGAAUUUUCCUACAAAUUUUCCUCAAUACCCAACAAAACAUCAGUUCAUUUCAUACAUGGAAUCCUAUGCAACACACUUUUCGAUUACUCCUAGGUUCAAUCAAACUGUAGUUAGUGCUGAGUUUGAUUCAUGUUCUGAGAUUUGGGUUGUCAAAACUCAAGAUAAUUUUAGUUACUUUUCACCUUGGCUUGUUGUUGCUAGUGGAGAAAAUGCUGAACCUGUUGUUCCUAAGAUUCAUGGUUUGGAACAUUUUCAUGGUCCUGUUUCACAUACAAGUGUUUAUAAAUCUGGUUCUGAGUAUAAGAAUAAAAAGGUUUUGGUCAUUGGUUGUGGUAAUUCUGGAAUGGAAGUUAGCUUGGACCUUUGUAGACACAAUGCUAUUCCUCAUUUGGUUGCAAGAAAUACAGUACAUAUUCUUCCAAGAGAUAUGUUUGGUUUCUCAACAUAUGGAGUAGCUAUGGCAUUAUAUAAAUGGCUUCCAUUAAAAUUAGUAGACAAGUUUCUCUUGUUGGUGACAAGUUUCAUUUUGGGAAACACCAAUCACUAUGGUAUCAAAAGGCCUAAAACUGGACCAAUAGAGCUUAAACUUGCAACAGGAAAAACUCCAGUACUUGAUGUUGGUCAAAUAUCACAAAUUAAAUCCGGUAACAUUAAGGUGAUGGAAGGUGUGAAGGAGAUAACAAGAAAUGGUGCAAAAUUUUUGGAUGGAAAAGAAAAGGAAUUUGAUGCAAUAAUAUUAGCAACAGGGUACAAGAGCAAUGUUCCUAGUUGGCUCAAGGGUAGUGAUUUUUUCACAAAAGAUGGAAUGCCGAAAACACCCUUUCCACAUGGUUGGAAAGGUGAGCAAGGAUUGUAUACGGUAGGGUUCACAAGAAGAGGUCUACAUGGAACAUACUCUGAUGCAAUCAAAAUAGCUGAAGAUAUUACUAAGCAAUGGAAAACACUUAAGAACAAAAGUUGUUGUGAUUCACAUAUAAUCCUACUUAACAAUUCAUAAAACCUUAUUACCAUCUCUUAAUAAGGUAUUAAGGUGUGCCAAUUAAGUUUAUUUUUUGUUAAGAAGAGAAAGAUUAAUUCAAGAAGUGAGAGAAGAAUAUAGAGUUUAGGUCAUUUGGGAAAAUAUUGUACUACUUUUUUUUUUUUUUUCUUCUUGGUUUUCUGUGUAUGUACAAUUUUGUAUUUAGGAGCAUACGCUUUUUUAACUACUCAAGUGUUAGCUUUUUGUACAAAAACAGUUUCAUAAAUGGAAUGGCACUUCAGUUCUCAAA